AUGCCUUUUGCUUGUGUACUUUUGUGCUGUAACAGCAAGCAAAAACCAGUUAAAAAGAAGACAAAAAACACAACCAACACUGGAAAAAAGACUGCAUUUCACAGGUGAGGCAUUCAGGAUAUUUGAAAAUAACAACACAUUUAAUCUUAUCACACUGUAAAAAUAAACACACUGUAAAUACACAUAUAAAAUAUUAAAUAAAUACUUAAGUCACAUAAUUUGAGAAUAAAUUGUCACAUGUUUGUGCACUUAAGCAAUUGUAUUUAAUUAAAUUUUAAUAUAAACAUCACUGUUUACAGCUGCUACACUAUGGUAUGUACAGUACAAGGCUAUACAGUACAAGGCUAUAAAGUACUAAGGCCAACUACUAAUUAAUUUUAAAGUAGAGGUAAUUUUAAAGUAGCAUCAGCUAAGGAUCUAAUUAAAUACAAAUAUAAAGUAAGCAUAAUAAUUAUGUACAUACAUAUACACAUACACUCACACAUUGCAAUUUACACUGCAUUUAUUUAGAUUCCCUCUAAAUAACCCAAAAGUUCUUGGAAAGUGGGAGAAAGCAGUCUGCGAAGUUAAUAACUUCCCUGAUUGGAAAGCAACACGAUAUACAUACAUCUGCAGCAAGCACUUCCCACAAUCCGAUUACAUUAUUCCUCCUUCUGAAAAUGAAAGCUGCAGGUUGAAAUCCACAGCCGUACCUACUAUAUUCAAUUCAUCAAGUAACCCAGUCUAUGGCAUCCCUAAAAAAUUAAGAAAAAAGAUAGAAUAUCCAUGUAAUCGAGAGGUGUUGACAACCGUAUCAUCUCUUGAUAUUGUCAAUCAUGACCAUACCUACUGCCAAAAAGCCAACACCAUAGAAGAUUUGGAAGAAGGCCAAGAUAGGAAAACCCUAGAGGAUAAACUAAAAAGAAAAAGAAAAGGCUUGCAGCAACAAUUAAGGCGAACUAAAGCCAGAAAACAGACCAUGGGAGAUAUUAUACAAGAGCUACAACAAAAGCUUCUUAUCUGUCAAGAUGAUGCAGAACUACUUUCGGCAAAAUUUGAUGGGGUGCAACUUGCCAGUUUCAGAGACACAAAAAAUAAUGUUAGCUGUGAUCCUUGUGGGAGGAGAUAUGUAGACGUUGUCAAAGAAUUUGCAACAACAUUAAAUUACUACUCACCAAACGCAUACGAAUAUGUAAGGUCAAUAAUUCCAUUACCACAUCCAUCACUUAUUAGAAAGUGGUCAAGUGUUGUUGAGUGCAAUCCAGGAUUCUUUAAAGAGUCAUUUGAAUCCCUAAAAAAGGAAGCAUUGCUCAGUCCUGAAAAGAAAGACUGUUGUCUCAUAAUUGAUGGGAUGGCAAUUAGGAAGCAAACUCUAUGGGACUCUAAAAAUGAUAAGUAUGUGGGGUUUGUAGACUAUGGACAUAUACCUACCAGUAAACCAGAUCAAUAUGCAUCAGAAGCACUAGUAUUUGUUCUUGUUGGGGCCAGAAGUAAUUGGAAAUGUCCUAUUGGAUAUUUUCUCACUGACAAAAUGACUGGAAAAAUGCAAGCCAAGUUGGUUCAGGAAGCACUCAUUAUGGCAGCUGAAGCUGGAUUACGUGUCUAUUCUGUAACAGCAGAUGGUACUUCUGUCAAUUUCACCAUGUUCAGUGAACUUGGCUGCAAGUUUACAACAUCAUAUGAAAGCAUGAUUACCAAGUUUAAACACCCUACUCAAAACUACUUCGUAUAUGCAAUUUUGGACCCAUGUCACAUGCUUAAAUUGGCAAGGAAUGCUUUGGGUCACUUAGGCUCUAUCGUUGACUGUGAAAACAAUAUUAUUACAUGGAAAUUAUUUUCAUCACUCAAUAAAAUCCAAGAAUGUGAAGGUUUCCAAUUAGCAAACAAGUUUUCAUCAAGACAUCUCCAGUUUUUGAAGCACAAAAUGAAUGUCCAACUAGCAGCUCAAACCCUUAGCUCAUCUGUAGCAGAUGCUAUUGAAUUUUUAGAUAAAUCAAUGAAACUUAAAGAAUUUCAAAACUCAAUCGGCACUGUUAAAUUUAUCAGAAUAGUGGAUAGAUUAUUUGACAUUCUAAACUCUCGAAACCCAAUUGCAAAAGGAUUUAAACAACCACUGCGUCCUCAAUCGAGAAAUACAUGGGAAGAAAUCCUGAAGCAUUCUGCUGAGUAUUUGCUCAGUUUAAGAACACAUGACAGUACCAACCAAUUGUUGGUCACACAUCAAAGAAAAACAUUCAUUACUGGCUUUGUCACAACUAUUAAAUCGACAAUUGAUAUGACAACAGCAAUGUUCAGUGGUGAAAAUGCUUUCAAAUAUCUGCUUACUUACAGGUUCUCACAGGAUCAUAUUGAACUCUUAUUUUCAUGUAUAAGAGCACAGGGUGGCUGGAACAAUAAUCCGAACUGCUUACAACUGAAGUAUGCAAUGAGGAAAAUGCUGUUGAGGAACACAAUCACAGCCUCAAAAAAUGCCAACUGCCUGACAUUUUCUGAUUCCACAACAACAAUUAUCCCAUUCUUUCACUCCCAGAAACACAAAGCACCUUUAAAAGAAACUCCAACAGAUAACCUGGACGAACCUGAAAGCAGUCCUGAAGAAGACCUACUCUGCAGUCACUUAAAUUCACCCGGUACAUCUGAAUUUCUGUCCAACAUUUUGUUUUACAUCAGUGGUUACAUUGUUGUCAAACUGGUCAAAAAACUAUCGUGUGAAUCAUGCAAGCGAUGUCUACUUUCUCACUUCAACUCUGAAACUUCAGACCAUGAUUACUGUGCUAUGAAUUAUAAUCAAAUCGCACCUGCAUCAGCAUUCACAUUAUUUGUGAACAAUGGUGGCCUAAAAAUACCGUCACAGUCUGUUUAUAACAUUAUUGAAUUUGCUGAAAAAUUAUUUAAAGUAAAUGUUUGCAAAGAUGGCUAUAGUGUUUCUGUUUGA